AAUCGAGGUGUGACCCACCACCAAAUCCCACCACAUUCUCACCUGUUGUCCUUAGUUCCGAGCAGCCUACAACAGAACGAAGCACGCUUCUAGCCAAAGAUAAUAGACCAAAUUCAUCAGCAUUCACCCCAAUACAUACAAACCUUCCCUUGCACCAUGCAGUACGAUCAAAUCUCGAAUCUCCAUUGCGUUCUCCCGUAGAAAAGGAGAAGAAAGAAGCUUUAAAUUCCCGUGCUGCUAUUCAGACGUCGUCUUUAUGGGAUAGUGAACCUCAACUGACCAUGCCCGGUUUGAUCGUACCAACUGUAGCUCAUGGGAAUCACUUUCAACCUGUUAAUCAAAAUCUAGCAAUGGCAGGAUACGGGGCUACGGUUCCCGUUGUUUCUGGCUACAGUCAAACGAACUAUAUGUUCCCUAUGCAAUCAAGUAAUUCCUUACCAAUCGCUACUAGUGUUCGCGGAAAUUUACCCAAUCCCGAGGGGGUAGGGCAACCAGAGCGGCCAGUUCCGCCACUCGACAAACCGACGUAUAAAAAUAUCUCACCACGAAAUUCUGAGGAAAGAACGAGUAAGAUUUCAAAAGAUACGGCUACAAAUAGUCCAGAAAACGCGAGCGAUCAGCGUUCUUCCAGUGAACUGGACCGUAAAUCACUGCCGUCACAAGGACUGUCAUCCCAGCAACAGCAUGCGAUGCAAGACAGACAGUUCUUGCAGCAGGAGAAGUUUUAUGGCCAACACAAUGUCGAACAAGGACAACAGAUUGUAUCCCCGCAAUUUUCACAGCAACGACAGUCUCUACUACCAUCACAACGUCAGCAACAAGAGUCACAAUCACCCCAUCAACAGCAACAACCUUUACAACAAAGACAAUCUGAACAACAAUGGCAACAAGAGUCACAAUUCCCACAUCCUCAACAGCAAGUACUCCUGCAAAAACAGCUUCAUCAACAACCAAAACAAAGACAACAGGGACGUCAAACGUCACAAGAAAAACAAUCUCAGCGGAAUUCGCCACAUCAGCGACUAGAGUCUCAGCAGAAGUUGCAUCAGGAAAAUCGACAUCACUUUAUGGAAGAAAAUUCGCAUCAGCCGCAACUACAACAGCAACAACAAGUACAACAACAACAACAACAGCUACAACAACAGCAACAGCUACAGCAACAACAACAGCUACAACAACAACAACAGCUACAACAACAACAACAGCUACAACAACAGCAACAACAACAGCUACAGCAGCAACAACAGCAACUACAGCAACAACAACAGCUAGAGUAUCAACAAUUUCUCGCUUAUCAACAAGCCUUGCAAAGACAAACGAGUGGACAAUAUGGGCAGUACCAACAAAUGAACAGCGGUCAAUUUGUUGGAGAUUAUGACUCUGAAGAAGAGUGCAAUCGAUAUUACGAUGACAGUAGAAAAUGGUUUUGGUCGUUCAAGAGAAAUAGGUGGAUUCGAGCCGAUAGGAACAAACGUGAUCCAAAUUAUCACAACGACGAUCGUUAUCAGCAAUCGAGACGAAGUCAAUAUGAUGAACGCGAAUAUAGGAGACGUGACGGAAGACAUUCUAGACAAGAUUACGAACAACUCCGUGGACAUCGUUUCGAUAAAUACUCUUCUCGCAGAGAUUCUUUCUCGAGUAAUUCGAGUGAAGACAGUCAAAGACUUGGUGGACGUUCUGGUCGAUCUUCUCGUUCUCAGUCUCCUACACAUUCUGUUUCCUCUCGUACCAGUUCCCGCGCUCGUAGAAGUAAACACGGACAUUCGAAACAACAAGAUUAUGACCGUGAUAGAUAUUACGGUGAAGACGUGAAUCGUCGCACUCGGCAGCCAUCCCGUAACUCAAGACAACUUAGUUCGGACAAUGGCACCUCUUCAUCGUCACCAAACUCUUUAAGUGACAACAUCAAAUGGAACGAUAAGCCAAGUCAACAAUCUGUUGAUCGGGUUGCUGCAGAUUACCAUGUGGAAAAAGCUUCGACGCCAGAGCGCCUGACACCAAAACAACAUAGCGCCCCUCAUAUUUUGGGAAAAUUUUGCGGUAUAUCACGAAUGAUCUAUGCCCCACCAAGGCGUAUUCUUGAUGGUGAAAUUAGCGAAAUAUAUCUUACAGAUGUUGUGUGUGAUGCUCGAAACAAUCAUGCUCACACUUUUCCUGGACCUCUUUCCAGAUCAAAAACUCACAAGAGUGACGUUGUAAAGUUUGCAAGGCAUCAGGCGUUGAUCGCUUUUAACAACUUGAAGAGAUCGUUUGAAGAGCGCGAAGGCAGCUACAUAUUGUGGCAAGUUUUGGCUGUUAUGGUGCAGCAAAAUGGGGUUUACCUAAACACAGACAUUGCAGAAGUACUGACGUCAGAUCUUCCAGGUGUGCACCCUGAGCAAGAGUCUAGUCCCAAGUUUCCUCAAGAACAGUCGUCUGGCUCUGAAGCUCGAUUUAGGGAGCUUCUGUUAUGCGGCAAAUCUCGAGAAGCGUUGGAGUUUGCUGUAAACUACAAAAUGUGGGGACACGCAUUCACACUCUCCUAUAAAAUGGACAGGAAUCUUUUUCUUAAUAUCAUGAAGAGGUUCACAUCAACUUUACGCGAAGACGACUCCUUGUUGUGUUUAUAUCAACAUCUUUCGCAAGAACGACCUUCCAUCAUUGAGAAAAAGUUCAAACGUUGGCGAAAUCAUUUAGCAGUUAUGAUUGCAAAUCCAACCAAAUCGCCGGAGCAAGAUCAGAAAAAUAUACAAGCUCUAGGAAAGAAAUUGGAGUCACGUGGCUUGUUUGAAGCAGCUCAUCUUUGUUUUCUAUUGGCUGGAAAUACUGUUAGUGAUGCAAAUGGAACAACUUUACUUGGCUAUUCAGCAUACGGUGUUCGACAUGAAUUCAUUGAUGUUCUGGCUCUUCAACGCUCUGAGAUAUACGAGUAUGCAAUGAGUUUGAAGGACGAGAACUUCAUCGUUAAAGACCUACAGCCUUGGAAAAUAAUGCACGCUCAUUCUGUUGCUGAGGAAGGGAUGAUCAUCAAGGCAUUCCAUUAUUGUGAAUCAAUGAUUGACUUGAUGUUGAAUCAUCCUACAAUGUACACCAACAGCUCCAUCGUGAUGAUAUAUGCUCUGACCGUCCGUCUCACUCAAGACGACAAAGUUGCCCCUUUGUGGGAUACGAAUGAAAAGCUAAAUCAACUUCUCGCCCUGUCCAAGGGAUCCAAUGUGAACUGGCAGUCACCUACUCAACAGCAGCCAAUCGACGAAUCAAACAUUCGGACUGGAUCACAUGACUACACAACAGACAGUCAUACCUUUCCAACAUCUCAGUAUAAUAAUAACGCGGCUCUAGAUGAACCCGAGAGCCUGGACAAUACUAAUGUUAGCGACCAAAGUUAUAGUCAACCAUUUUACCAGGACAGCAACCAAGCCGCUACACAAAGUCAAUUUAACAUGACCGAUGGUCAAAAUGAGCCUUAUGGCACUAUCUAUAAUCAAGACCCUAUAACUCAGGAAGAAUUGAAUUCGUACGAAGGUGGAACUCAGUCUGAAGGAUAUUUGCUGGAUAAUUACUCGCUCGAAAAUAACUCUGCCGUACCAAAUCACGUGGGUUAUUACUCGGCUGGUGCCACUUUCAAUCCUGGACAAACGUAUGAUAUGAGUGGGUCGAAUAUUGAACUUACUGAAAGCAAUACCGUGUCCGCUUCAAACACCACUUUUGACUACUAUGAUGAAGCAAAUUUCAAGUCGAAUAAUGAGGGUAUCCCUGCGGAAAGCAAUAACAAAGAAGAUAUUCCAAACGUGGAAAGCAAAGAAUCCGAAAAGGAGGAAAAAGAGAAUGACAAAACGGACAAGAAAAGCAGUGGUUGGUCAAUUGGUGGGUUUUUCAAGAAGCUUAUACCAAAAGGUCAAAAUGAAAUAAAACUACCUGACGAUAAAAAGAAAACGAUUUAUUGGGAUGAAAAAGUAGGAAAAUGGAUUAACACUGAGGAAAGUGAAAAGGAGAAGGUCGACCUACCUCCGCCUCCGAUCGAUACUUCUUUGAUCAGCGGUGCUCCCUCAUUGCCUGUAAGCACAACAGCAGAACCGGCGUCGAGCUCAGUAUCGACUGUGAAUCAAUUCAACUCUCCCCAUGAUCUUUCUUCUCAAUCAAAUACAUCUUUACCCCAUGGCUACCCACCUUUAUUAAAUACUACUGCCUUUACUCCCGAUCAACCUGAGGUGUCCCUGGUAAACACACCAUUGACAACACCAAGUCGUUUCUCGCGUCGAGCACAAGGUGGAAAAGGAAGAAAAUCAAACUGGGUAGAUGUUUUGGGCGCAUCUGGUUCGACAACUAAAAUAGAUCAGGGAGCUUCGCCAAUGUUGUUUCAGCCUCUUUCUGCUGGAAGUCAAACGCAAAUGGGAACAAAUUCGGCCAGUCAAGGAGCAGAUGGAGCACAGCCAUCAAUCUUUAGUCCGAGCAAUUCUGUAAAUGGUAUGACAAAGCAACAAGGAAACAAUUCACAGGUUACGCAGCCAGCAUCUGCCGGUGUGCCCUUCUUUAAUCCUGCAAGCUUUAGUCAGUCGGCGUCGUCAUCUAAUCGAGGUCUAUCGUAUCCGCGUACGAACAAAUAAUUAUAUUUUAAAAUGCGAGAAAUUAUCGAUGAAGAAUUAUGAAUAAAUAAAAAUGCAAAUAACUGUA